AGAUCCGACCUCCACGCUUCGUCCACGAUGACAUAGUUAAGGGGAGGGAGUCGUAGGCAGUUUGACCUCGUAAAUAAAAGGGCCGUUCGUAGUGGUGACACCAUCAAACCAGCCAUCAAACCAACCAUCCUACUAUAUAACAGCAACAACAUCUCACCACCAAUCACCCUACUGCACGACCCCAUGGCCUCACCCAAGAAAGACUUCCACGUCGCCAUCAUCGGCGGCGGCAUCGCGGGCGUAACGCUCGCCAUCGCCCUGCACCACCGCAACAUCUCCGUGACCAUCUACGAGCAAGCGCACGCGUUCUCCGAAGUAGGCGCGGGCGUCUCAUUCAGCCCCAACGCAGUGCAAGCGAUGAAUUACUGCCACGACGGGAUCUACAGCGCAUUCGAGAAAGUCUGCACGCGCAACCUGUGGUCAAGCAAGCAGAAGGUGUGGUUCGACUACCUGGACGGCUACAACAAGGGGCCGAACGAGGCCCACGGCGACCGCCGGCAGGACAUCGAGUUCACCAUCACCAACAGCCUGGGUCAGAAUGGAGUGCACCGCGCGCACUUCCUGGACGAGCUGAUCAAGCUGGUGCCCAAGGAGAUCUGCCGGUUCCACCGCCGGCUGGAGGACGUCCAGGAGCGCAUCCGCGACGGCAAGCUGAUCCUGAAGUUCGCCGACGGGUCCGAGGAAGAGGCCGACGUGGUGAUCGGCUGCGACGGUAUCAAAUCGCAGGUGCGCCAGAUCAUCCUGGGCGCUGACCACCCGGCCGCGAAGCCCUCGUAUACGCAUAAGUACGCCUACCGCGGCCUGGUGCCGAUGGAGAAGGCCGUCGCGGCCAUCGGCGAGGAGCUGGCCUCCAACUCGUGCAUGCAUAUGGGCCCAGGAGGCCACAUGCUCACCUUUCCCGUCAACGGCGGCAAAACGCUAAACAUCGUCGCCUUCCACACCAACCCAGACGACUGGGCCGACUACCCGCGGCUGACGCGCGAAAGCACGCGCGAGGAAGCCCUGCGCGAUUUCGAAGGCUACGGACCGAACGUGAUCAAUCUGUUGAAGCUGACCGAGUCCGACCUCAGCGUGUGGGCAAUCUUCGACCUAAACGACCACCCAGUCCCAACCUACCACAAAGGCCGCGUAGCGAUCUCGGGCGACGCGGCGCACGCCACCUCCCCGCACCACGGCGCGGGUGCGGGCUUCUGCAUCGAGGACACGGCGGUGCUGGCCAGCUUGCUGCAGGACGAGCGCGUGCAAUCCCACCGUGAUCUCGAGGCGGUGCUGGCGGCGUUUGACGCCAGUCGGCGCGAGCGGUCGCAGUGGUUGGUGCGGAGCUCGCGGUUUAUCGGGGAUUGCUAUGAGUGGCGGGCAGAGGGGGUGGGGAGGGAUUUCGGGAAGAUCGAGGAGGAGAUCGUGCGCCGGAAUGCGGUGAUUGCUGAUUUGGAUAUUCCGCGGAUGGUGGAGGAGGCGAGGCAGGAGUUGGGGAGGAGGUUGGGGGGUGGGGAGAGGGCUUCGCUUUGA